CAACAUCGCAGACUAUUCCUCUUAACUGCACCGAAAAUAUUCCUAUUAGAAAUGAGUUGAACGUAGCACAAAGUGCAAAUAAAAAGUAAACCAAACCUAUUCCUUUACUACCCACAAGGGGCUAAACACAGAAGGGACAAACAAGGACAGACGAACGAAUUAAGUCGAUUACAUCGACCCCAGUGCGUAGCUGGUACUUAAUUUAUCGACCCCGAAAGGAUGAAAGGUAAAGUCGACCUCAGCGGGAUUUGAACUCAGAACGUAACGGCAGACGAAAUACUGCAAAGCAUUUCGUCCGGCGUGCUAACGAUUCUGCCAGAUCGCAAAUAAAAAGUAAACCAAACCGACAUUAUCGACGUUUAGCAAAGUGAAAGUGGUUCAUUAAACAGGAAUAUCUUCCUUAAUGACCGACUAAUUAGCUAUAAAGCAGAAUGUAAAAGAAGCACGUUUGGAAAUAGUUCCAGGAACCUUCUUUUCUAAUUGGUUACACGACGUUUUAAUUUUUGGAAAUUAAUCUCAUGUGACACUAAAAGUUGCACAUUCGGUCGAAGUCCAUUCAUCCCGGAACUUCAGUUCACUUCUGCAGUUUAAUGUUAUUCCACAACAAACUCUUGAUGUCAUCCGCGAUGUUAUGGUUUUAUCUCAGCUCGAUAUUUUUGGGCCUAACGUUCGUUCCAGCGAUUGCUCAGAAUAUUACACAUAUUUUUGAAGAUGGUACAACCACAGUAACAAUUGAUGAGCCCCUGUAUAUUUACAUACAUAAAGGGGUCAAGUCUCAGAUUCUAAAAGUUAACGAUAUUAAUGAAGCAGAAAGCUUUCUUAUCUGUGAGGUGCACAGUGUUCGAGGCAAUUUGACCCUUUCUUUGACUGAAGUACCUUUUGAGGAUGAAGCUGUUAGAGGAAGAAAUCUUGGUGUGGUUACCAUUCUGAAACCAGAACAAGACACGGCUGAAUGGUUUCUCUAUACAAACAACUUUACUGGUAUUGCCUUGAUUUAUGUCAAGGCUUAUACACAAAAUGAUCCCUUACCUGGAGGUUGUAAUCAAGAAUUCAACUUGGAAAACGAUGCAAAUAUCAAAGUGAGAUAUCCCAAGUUACUGACAAAUGUGGACUUCCAGUGGUCAAACGGUGGCUUCUCCCGAUUAAUGCUGCCACCAAGCUGUGAAGAUGUAGUAAUGCAAACAAGCCUGCAUUACCAUGUUUUCGUCUAUUUUAUGAAUGAAGUUCAAACAGAUGACAUGUCUGCCCUGCAAGCUGUUAAGAAAAUGCUUUCGGUUGAUGAUAUUCUCGAAACUGGAAGAUAUGUGAAGUUAAUACAUAACAACAACAUUGAGAAAUCCGAUUUGAAUCUGGUUUCUUAUCCUUGUGUCAGUGCAGUGGUGAAUCUCGUUGUUACACAAUCGAGUAAUGGCAUUCUGACAUCUGCCGCUUAUGUCCCGACCGUCAUCAACCCGGAUUUGUUGCAAUGCGAGGAAAACAAAAAUGAUGUCUUAACCAUUAUAAUUUCCUGUUUUACCAUCCUCCUAGGAUUCCUGUUGUGUUUCUUUGGACACAGGUAUUUUAAAACAGAAUUGUUUAUAUUUGGAGCGAUUGCUGGUUUCCUUAUUGCACACAUCACAGUCAGCGCUCUGUGGACACAUUCCUUGACAGUUGUGCUAUGUACUGACAUCAUCUCAGCCUUCGUCGCCGGUGUGCUGUGGCUGCUGGUCUGGACCAGUCUUGGAAUUCCUGUCAUAUCCGUGCUUAUGGUCAGUCUGGUGGCUGGCUAUCUUGUGAGCUGCAUACUUUUCUUCACACCAUUUGGUAAUUUGAAAUACUGGGAAAAUGAUUUCAACUAUGGCAUGACUUUCGCUUCUGGAACCAUGUUGCUUCCUGUUGUAUUUUUGGCCUACACAAAAUUGUUGAAUAUCAUAUGCUGUGCUCUUGUCGGAUCCUAUGCGAUAGUGUUUUCAAUCGAUAUCCUCACAUAUGGCAUCAUUAGGUACAUAUUCCUGAAUUCAUUCCACCACAUGAUCUAUGCCAACUUCAAUAAAGCACUAGCAGUAACACCAUUUCAGAAAAAUGAUAUGAUUCUUGCUGGGCUUUGGGUUGGUUUCUUCGUUGCCGGUGUUAUAUUCCAGUUGUUCUCUGAAAAAGGAAGAGCUCCAUUCCCACCAGCCAGUAACAUUUUCUGCUGCCAAAAUGGAAAUGAACCCCGUCGACCAAUAGUUGGUAACGAACGUGAACCUCUCCUACCAGAUAAUCCUCCAGUCGGCAGAUAUGGAACACUUGGAAGGGUUGUUCCUCCCACUCAUCAACCAUAUCAGUCCUAUACUGUUAUUACAGGUUUUGCUAGUUCAGCUCCAGCACCAAAAUGAGCUCUGAUAUGUCCGGUUGUCUUUCAGAAUCAUCUGUUUUCUAGUUAAUACCUUUUAGACUCUGUUGAAAUGCAUUUGAAAAGUGUCCUGUGUAAAACAGUGUUGUAUGUAUAUGUACGGUGAGUGUGAGUAUGUGUUUGUAUGUGUUUGUGGAUGCAUGUGUUUGUAUACACACACACACACACACACACACACUUGUGUAUAAGAGGAUAAUUUUAUAACUUUGUUAAACUGAAGAGCAAAAUUAAAAAUAGGAGUGCUGCUGGAAGUGCUCAGGUGAGGCACUGAGGCAAAAGGAGAAAUAAAUUGAAAGGUAAAAUGGAUAAACACUCCAAUCAGUCAAAACAACUUUGUAUCACUCCCAAAUUACCAAAAAUUGAAAAUAAAUAUAUAUUUAAAUAAUAGGGCACCCAACGGUAAAACCCAACAGUAUAAAAUAUACACAAAUAAAUAGGAAGGGCAUCCAGCUGUAGAAACUCUGCCAGAUCACGAUUGAAGCCUGGUGCAGCCAUCUGGUUCCCCAGCCCUCAGUCAUUCGUCAUGAUGAUGAUGAUAAUGAAAAGGUGAUAAAACCCAAAAGGGUAAUACGAGUGAAGUCAAAUGAAGAAAAAUAUAUGGAAUAAAUUCAUACGUAAUAAAGAUGGCUAAAAAUUUAAGGCAAUCAAGCUAAAAUAAUAUAAAUGUAUAAAAAUACAAGAGUAUAAAUAUAAAAAAUAAAAUGUAAGGAAACCAGAACAGAGUCCAUUGAUGCCCAUCUCUACGAUUGUUUCAAAUCAUGCUGCUUCACAUUGUUAAUGUACAAUCCAUUAAGGAAAUCCAACAGCAACACCUUUUUAUCAGGAGAAAACUUCACAUUUCUGGUUAUUUUAUUAUUCGUUGUUAUGUGUAUAUUUCAUACUGUCGGGUUUUACCAUUGGAUGCCCUAUUAUUUCAAUAUAUAUUUAUAUUCGUUUUUUUAUAAUUUGGGAAUGAUAUAAAGUUGUUUUGACUGAUUGGAGUGUUUAUUCACCAUACCUUUCAAUUUAUAUAUGUAUAUAUAUAUACUUUAAAUGACCAGAAAAUAGAGAGAAUUUUAGAUCAACAAACAAAUUGGACCACAUGUGUAGAUUAUUUUUUUAAUACUAAACAUAACAUUUCUGUGACAGGUUACGGCAUGUUUAGUAUUAAAAAAUAAUCUACACGUGUGGUCCGAUUGAUUUGAGGUUUUCUCUAUUUUCUAAUUAUUUAAAUUUGAUUCCUAAUAAACUUUUGUUUAUUCUGUUGUUACCUAUACCCUAUGAGCAUAGUGUCCCUGCAUACCCAUGCCCAGAGACAACACAGGUAACUGAUACCAAUAGUAAAUAUGGAUAUUUUAUCCCUUAGUUACUAUAACCACUAACACUGCUUACUCUUUAUAUGUUUAUAUGUAUGUGUAUAUAUAUAUAUAUAUAUAUAAUAUAUAUAUAUAUAUAUAUAUAUAUAGGUGAGAGAGUUGGUAUGUGAAAGCACGUGGUUGGAUGUAUAAAAAACAAAAAAGGGUAAAAAAAACUACAGAAUUUUUUCACAAUCUCCUGUUUUGAUAAUAUAAUUACUCUGCAAAAUUCUAUUUUCCAGUAGUUAUGAACUGUUAUGUAAGCCUCAGUGUAAUACUGGAAUACACAGAUGUGCUUCACACGGACACAGCUUGGAUUAUAACUCUUUCUACAAAUAUAUAUAUAUAUAUAUAAAUUCAGCAAAAUUUAGAUUCAGAUGAAUAUGGUACUUAAGUUAAAGGCAC